AUGGUUGCAUCAUCUACGUCGUCGGACGCUGCCAUGACUGACACGCCCAUAUUUUCGCCGAUUCUCGAUGCCAAAAAGACCCUCCUGGUCAUGAGGAACACGGACUUGAAUAUCUGGCUCGAUAAUUUGACGUCGAUUCAAGUUCCGGAAUCUGAUAUACACAGGGUGAUUGCAAAUUACCUAUUCGUUAACAUGCAUGAAGAGAGCUUUAACAGUUUUGUCCAAGAAACACAGUUUCAGGCCGACGACUUGAAACCCACAAUAUCGCAAAGAAAGGUGAUAAGAAAUGCUAUACUAGAGGGCAGAAUGGUUGAUGCUAUAGAUAGCAUCAAUGCAUUGGACCCGGGUAUUUUAAAAGAGAAUGGUAAAGUGCUAUUCACUUUGUUGCUUUACCAUCUCGUCGACAUUAUAAAGACGGGAAACCUAGUCAACGCUGUAUCAUUUGUCAAGACUGAAAUAUCACAAUGCAUACAAAAGGACUCUAGUCUACUACCUAGUCUGGAAGAGGCAAUGUCUCUCUUGGCAUUCUCUAAUUUAGAGGCUCCAGAAGCUGUAGACGUCAUUUCAAAAAUUCAACAGUCCAAUGCUAUCGCAACAACCGUAGAUAAUGCACUACUUUCAUAUCACCACCUCGAUCCACAAUCAACGCUAGAAAACAUUGUAAAGGAAUCCCUUUGGGUAGAAUCAAAGAUAGAAACACUAGCGACUACACAUGCCUUAAAACUUGAGGAUGUAGGUCGAUGCGGCUUCAUAAUGAAGCGAUUACUUAAAACGUUGUGA